GUCUCUGUUUAUUUUGUUUCCGGUGUGGUUUAAAGACAAUAUGGUAGGAAUCCGUGUUAGGUAUAUAGACCAAAUCUUGUGAGCUGUUUCUACCAUUUUAGUCUAGUCAACGAAGAUCUGAGUUUUAGGGUUUUGUAGAUUUUAGAGCGUCUUAUUAAAGAUCCAGACUUUUUUUUUUGUGUGACUUGUGUUUUUGUUUUUAAAUCUAGGUUAAGCUUGAAGUGAUUGACAACAAUGUCUAGUCGUUGGGACCAAUCGGAGAAGAGGUGCAACAACAAGAACAACAACAAAUCUUCCGAUACUGUUCCAAUUGCUGAGUACAAGAUUCUGAAAGAGAAGUAUGAGAAUAUGGUGAAAGAGAAUGAGAGUCUAAUCCAAGCGCUUGAGCUUCUAGAGAUAAAGCAUGGAGUCACUGUAGAUGAUCUUGUGAAAAAGCCAAAACAAGCAUUGGGGAGGAAGGAAGAGGUUGCAAAGUGGGGCAACAAGUUGGAUGAAAUGCAGAAGAAGCUAGAGACUGUUGAAAAGAAUGUCGAAUUCCUAUUGGCUGUUGAUGAUGACAUGGAGAUGAUCGGUAUGGCUUCAGGUAGUGGUGCAGGACCUGCAAAGAAACCUAAAGUGGAGAACAGUGUCUCAAAAGAAGAUGUGAUAAUGCUUAGUGACGAUGAAGAUGGAAAUCAAAGAUAAAGCAAUGGUAACUCCCUACAUCAUGAUCCCUUAAUUUUUGAUCAAGAUCUGAACUCACCACAUCAGGAUCCUCUAAUUCGUAAUCAAGAUCUGAAACCAGUCUAGGAGGUGGGGAAGCCACAGAGUUCAGAAGUGGUGAAACUGGAAACAUCAAAUCUUUUUAGUUUUGUAGUUCUUGUUGCUUUUAUUUCUACAUAUAUGACUAUGAAUAUUCCCUGCAUGUUAUUGUUAUUGGCUCGGAGUUUGGAGACUAAGACAUGAAAGUAUUUUUAUGGUAA